CCCCAGUAUGCCAUCCGCAGCCUCCAAAUCGAGUCGCGUUUCGUUCUCCUCCUUGACCGAGAACAAUCUCGGCACUGUUCGUAAAUUGAACUCUGUCUUAUUUCCAAUACGAUACAGUGAAAAGUUCUACCAAGAUAUCCUGAAGCCUGAGGUCGAGGAGUUUUGCAAGUUAGUUUAUUAUAAUGAUAUUCCCGUAGGGACCAUCUGCUGUCGACUCGAGAACAAGGACGAUCAGGAGCAACUGUACCUGAUGACCAUGGGCGUUCUGGCGCCCUAUCGAUCAAGAGAAGUCGGGUCAAAGGCCCUCGAGUCGGUUUUGGAGGCUGCAGCGAUGCACAGCCCAAAGAUCCAGAAAAUAUACCUGCAUGUGCAAGUGUCCAAUGAGGACGCGAAACGAUUCUAUGAGCGUCAUGGCUUCACAGAGGUCGGCAUCCACAAGGAUUACUACAAGAAAAUCUCGCCCCCGGAUGCGUGGGUGCUGGAGAAACGUGUGACCGCCGAGUCUUAGGGGAAUCUUAGGGCGAUUUAGUCAAGAAAGAAAAAUUAAAAUUAUUCCUCCAUUACUACGCGUGGUUCAUAUCAUCUACAUUGCCAAUAUAUCGUACUGAAUCAC